UAAAAAAAAAAAAAAAAAGAGGUCCAGCACUCCCAGACGCUCAGAUAACCUCGGCUGUACUGUACGUGUGCUCCCAGCAUGUGAGUACAGUGCAGUGUGUCGAAGGGGCACAAAGAUCUGAGGCUGUUUGAGGUAACGGAGAUGACAUGAGGGAGGCAGCGCCUGUACAAGGCAAACAUAAACUGUGCCACUUCAUCUGAAAACAAUGGGGGACAGGACACUGAGUGUGCUCUCAUCCACAUCUCCAUUGUCUGCCCUCCUCUUUUACUCCUCCUCCGAGCAUGGAGCAUAAGCGGGGUGAAAGAGGGAGGGGAGGGGAGGAGAAGGGGGAGCAGCAGUGGGGGCAGUGGGGGUCUGGCUGUGUUCUUUCUCCUCUGUCUGUGUGCGAAUGCACAGACGGUUCAGUAGUAAUUUGAUGUGUGUCCCCGGGGACAUUUGAUGGAUUAAAGCUAAGCAGCUCCAUUUCGCAGCACCACCUGAUCUUCCACUGCCUGUGCCCCAUAUAAAGGCUGGCGUGAUUGCUGAUCUCAGCUAGUCUGACAGUCUCUCUCUCUCCCUCCUCUCUCUGUCUGUCUCCAUCUCUUCUCUUCCUCACUGGUCCCUUAAGCCUGCUGCAUCACAGGAGCUAUCCAGUGCUGAACAGGAUCGCUUUUAUUUUUUAUUUUUUUAUUUUUCUGGGGGAAGCUGGGGGAGCCAGAGAGUAUCACACAGCAUUGCCGUCAGCCUUGUUCUCCACUGGUUUCCAUUUUCUUUCAUAUCUUAUGUUUUUGGCUGCUGUCUUCACAUUAACCAAAAGGAUUACCGUCAAGCCGGCUCUGCUCGUGUGCUUCCUCAGAGGGUCUUUCAUUUUCGCUCAUGCGUUUUUCUCAGCUCUGUGUUUUUAUCCAUUGAAACAUGCCCCGCUCAUUUUUGGUGAAGAAGAUCAAGCUUGAUGAUUUCUCUUCGUCCAAUGUGGCCACAUCCAAUCAUCACCACCACCUGGACGACUCGUUCACUUUUGCACGCUCCAUCACAGACUCGGUGACCAGCCUUGGGGUUCGUCUCAGUGAGAAUGGCUACAUCCAGGAUUACAUCACGCCAUCUGUAUACCAGGAGGAGAAGAAGAUGGAGCACAAGCUGGCGUCACCGGUGUCAGAUCCCCUCUACACCCCUGUGAGCAGUGGAGGGGAGUACUGUGACCCCGACCUGAAGCACCCCGACAGCCCCCAGUCUGGCAUGACAGCCAGCGGCUUCUACAGUGGUGAAUCGGAGGCCCUGGCCGAGGGUUACACCAUGGAUGCCUUCUUCAUCUCCGACGGGCGCUCAAGGCGGAAGGGAGACAGCGAGAGUCAUGGAGGAGGAUCAAGAAGCAGCAGUGCCAAUGGGGGCCAGGAGAGGGGAGCUGGCACGGCUCGUCACACCUGCAACGAGUGCGGCAAGACCUACGCCACCUCCUCCAACCUGAGCAGACACAAGCAGACGCACCGCAGCCUGGACAGCAAGAUGGCCCGCAAGUGUCCCACCUGUAAUAAAGUGUACGUGUCCAUGCCGGCGUUGGCCAUGCACAUCCUCACCCACGACCUCAAGCACAAGUGCGAUGUGUGCAGCAAAGCCUUCAGCCGGCCGUGGCUCCUUCAAGGCCACAUGCGCUCGCACACGGGGGAGAAGCCCUUUGCCUGCGCACACUGUGGCAAAGCCUUUGCUGACCGUUCAAACCUCCGCGCCCACAUGCAAACACACUCUGCCUUCAAGCACUACAGAUGCAAGCGCUGCAAUAAGACCUUCGCUCUCAAGUCCUACCUGAACAAGCACUAUGAGUCAGCUUGCUUCAAGGGCUCUGCAGACGAAGACGACUCUGGAUCAGAAAACUAACCACAAGGAAGAAGCAAAAUUUUGAACCCCUGUUGUAGGUUCACAACCAAUAACCCUGUUCACUCUGCCCUCCAUGCCUUUUUUCUUCCCUUUUUUUAGAAAGCAAUAUUUUCACUGAGAUUACGUGAAGAAACUCUAAUGAUUAUGGCAAAGACAAUUUCAAAAGAUGCUGGAUUUUUUCCCUGCACAGUAGCUAAUCGUCCACAGAAACAUACAAUCAAACAACCUUCCCCCAAAUAGAGACUGUAGAUGAUAGUUGUACACAAUUAAGCAACAUGUGCUCGUAUGAAGUGGGCACAUGUCAACACACACACUAACAACACUCACACACACACUAACAACACUCACACAGACAUGAAUGCACACACACAAACAAACACUCAUCAAUGUACGCACGUGUGCACACACACACAUACACACAUUUACACACACGGUUAUAUAUGAGGCCUGGCAUGUGAAUUUUUAUCAAUGACUAUAAUGAUAUUGAUAUCAAUAGUAAUAAUAUUUAGAUUCCUGAUAUUUUAUAGCAAAUAGUAAUGAGAAAAAGGAAAAAAAAAAAACAUAAAAAAGGACUAACAGUGUUCUUUUGUUUUUUUAGAGACAAAAUGACCUCUUGUAUUUUUAUGCUGCUUUUUAUUUGCUAAGAAUUGAAUUCUUUUGCAACUGCCAACAUGAACUUUUUAUGAAAAUGUGAACUAUGACAGUAUUUGCAAAAAAGGGAGAUCAUUUUAAAAGGUAAAAAGACAAAACCCUUUUUUCCACACCAAUGUUUCAAUUCAACGGAUGUUAUUUUUCUAUUUGAUUUUUCUAAAUUUAUUUUUUUGUGCUUAUUAUCCCUUGUUGGUCAAAAGCAUCUUUGUAACUGUGGGUAUUCAAAAAAAAAAACAAAAAAAAAAAACGUAAUUUAAAUAAGCUAUAGGCCAUAGGUCAUUCAAUUCAAUUCUGCAAGAGCAGUGAUUUUAAAAUGUUUAGCAGGCCUGUUGAACAGGUUUUCACUCACUCCGUCUGAUCAAAUUCAUAGUCUCACCCUGAUGUACAGACUUGGAGAAAAAACACUGGGAGCCAGACCAAAUGAUCUAUUGUUAUAAGUGCCAUGUGCGGUCGACUCGUCUAUAGCAAUGAAAACUCGCUGUUCUUCCUCCACCAUGGUGGCUUGCAUAAACUCUGCUGCCUUUAUGGUGCAUCGUCCCGUCUUAAAGAGCAAUCUUCUCUUCACCCAGUGUUUGAGGUGCUCCCCCUCCACCAGUGUUACCUCAGAGUGAAGGUAUGGACUCACACACCCUCAGUUACAAAGUGACAGUCAAAUUAUUCUGUUUGUCUGUUUUAUAUGUCGCUCAAAGCUCCGCCCACGGUUUAGAUGCAUACCAUCUAUUUAUCAUGUAAAUACUUUAUUUAUCGACCUAUUUAUUUAUUUAUUUAUUUACCUUAUUUUUGUGUAUUUAUUGAAGACUUGCUUAUUUGUUAAUUAUCAUGUAUUUAUUUAUUGUUUAUAAUUUAAAAAAUGAACAUCCAUUGACCUUGUAAGAUGCUGCUGAUCUUCAAAGAAAAUGUUUAUAUGCAUGAAAACUGUAGAGAGUCCAAGGGACUUAGUUUUUUUAAAGAGGAACAAUGUACAGUACCAGUGCUAGGACACUUCCAAAACAAAUGAAUGCAGAAAUACUUUUGUUUUUCGUGGCAAUAACUUUACUGACAAAGCAAUUGACAUGUGUAACAAUCACAGCUGUCCUGUUUUCAGUCAAUUUAGGGCAAUAAAAAGAAUCAAUGUAAACGAAACACUAAAAUAUUCUCCAUCGUGCUGUUUUCUAAAAAGUCCACUGGAGAUUUUUGGCCCAUUUUUGUCUUUAAAUCUCAGGCAAUAAUUCAUUUUUAGAAAUGGCCGACGCUGAUGUGCAUGUACACACCGGCAUGAAAAUGCAACACUAUUGGUUUGUUAAAUUUAGAGAGCCAAAUAAUGUAGGUGUAAUCUAGUUACACCAAGGUUUCCAAGGUGCAAAAGCAAUAAUUAUAGUUAUGCAGUGCUCAAUCCUUCCUACAGCGAGUCCAAAACUGCUACAAGUGUUAAUUUGACUGGAAAAAGACGCUAUUCUAUAAUAUCAUUAUUAUUAUAAAUGUCUCUUUUGUUUUAAAAAGCAACCAGGUUAAAAAAAUCUCUUCUGGCAGCUGAAGAGCGGGUAUGAAUUGACUGAAUUGCUAGAAGGUUACGUAUUACACAACAGGAUUACAAUAAUUCUCAUUUAGGUCACUGACAUAAUAAAGUAUUUAAUUAUAGCCAAAUUCAAAGUCAUUACUGCUUCCAAAUUAUUCUGUGGAGUUUCAAACAGCCAAGCAAAUCUCUGAGGUGUCAGAGGAGAGGAUCCCCCUGAGACAACAUACGGUUGGAGGUAUAUACGUCUUAACCAGCACUAAUGGAAAUGAUCUUGAUGUGAACUGUCUUGGCAGAGAAAGUUUUCGAGAUUAUUGUAAUAAAACGACGCGCUGUCAUGCACUUCCAACUCCCCCAUCACUUGUCCCUCCUCUCCCCUCCCCUACCAGCCGUCCUCAUCCCAUCCCAACUGCCUCUAAACAGACGCACCGAGGAUGAGAUGUGCUGAAGUGGGAUUGGCGGAGGGUGGUGGAGUGUGGGAGGAUAACAGGUGUUUGCAGACAGACUGCAGAUAGGGAGCGUAAUUGAGUCGGUGAGCGACCUCCAAGGGGAAGGUCAAGCACCAGCAGGCAAAUGCACUGUCAGCUAUUUACAUAUUCCAAAUGGAUGACACGAUCGCAGUAAUGCUGAGCUCGGUGUUAAAAAAAAAAAAAAAACAACAAAAAAACAUGAAAGUGAGAGAAAAGAGAGAAAAGAGGAGUUUCUGCUCUGUUUGUCAGUCCUCUCCUCCCUGUUUCACCAUCAUCCUGUCAAUGGUCGUUUAAGUGCUACAGCUGAAUCACUGCAUGAGAGCAUCCAAACCACCUGUCUCCUGAUUAACUUGCAGAACACACAGCUUGGCACGACGCUGUAUUAUUGAACUAAUGCAGAAAUCACUGCUUCCUAUGGAUUCUUUUUUUUUUUUUUUUUUUAAUGUUUACUAUUUUACUGUGGGGCAGAGAUAUAAUGCAUCUCCAAAACCUGGGGACUGUGUUUUAAUAAGGCAGAUAAAAGUGAUGAGAUCAUUAAAAAAAUACUGAUUGGAUAUGUACUGUAGGCUUCCAAAUCUAGCAGUAUUACAGAUCGUCCUCAGAGAAUAUAUUAAUCAAAGAAAAGGAGGCACAGUUUGAUUCUAAACUUCUGAAUUUAGAUAUAGGGAAACAUUGUUCCUCUUUGAUGAUUUUGUACAUAGAUUUGUAAAUAUAUCACAGCAAUAAUAUGACAAUGCAUGUAGACAUUUAAUUGCUCUUUUUCUAUUCAUGUUGUCUUUUUUUUUUUUUUACUAAAAAAAAGAGACAAAUACAGGUACCAAUUGCAGUCUGGGUGGCCACGUGAAUCAGGGAGUGUCUUGAUUAAAAAGCUAUCUGUUGUAAGUUACAAACAAAAACUUCAAACUCUGUGUAUUCUCAAAGAUUUGAUCAUGUUCUGUAUGAUUUUUUUUCUGUUCUUGUUUUCUCUCUUUUUUUUUAAAUGUGCCCGGCUUGGCUGCGCAAUGAAAAAGUGCCAAAAAGUAUGAUUUCCAUGACAAAAGCCUUCAACAUAUGGUUGGCUGCUUGAAUCCUUCCAUAUGGUCCUCAAAGAAAAAAAAGUGAUUAAGAUUUUCCACUUUCUUCUUCACUCUGUCUCUCUCUGUCUCUCCCUCUGUCUCUCUCUCGCUCUUUUUAUCUUUCUAUCUCUCUGUUCCAGCUGAGUAUGAAGAAACUUAAGCCAUGAUUGCUGAAGGGUGUUUUGAUUUAUCCUGUUCUGCUACAAUUAAUAAUGAUGACAACAAUAGCAAUGAUAACGUUAAUAAAAACAAUAGCACAAGGAACCUGCAAGU